AGAAGAAGAAAUUUACAACAACCGCAAAUGUCGUCAAAAACAAAAAGGCUUUGUUCAGCUCAGUCUCAGUCUCAGUCUCAGAAGAACGGGGUGUUUGGAGACGUCUACAGCAUGAUGAUGGUUCCCAAAGAGAUGGACCAUAACUCCUCCUCCACCUUUGAUUUUCGAUUUCAACUACCUCACCUUGCCCGAGAUUUUUUAGGGACUAGAGAGGUUGCAGAGUUUGUUAGCGGCGCCCUAGCAGGGGCUAUGACCAAAGCUCUACUUGCUCCUCUUGAGACCAUCAGGACAAGAAUGGUAGUUGGUGUUGGGUCCAAACAUAUCACUGGAAGUUUUAUUCAGGUUAUAGAGCAGCAGGGGUGGCAAGGAUUGUGGGCUGGAAACAUGAUCAAUAUGAUUCGUAUAGUUCCAACGCAAGCCAUUGAGCUUGGCACAUUUGAGUAUGUAAAACGGGCAAUGAUAUCAGUCCAAGAGAAAUGGAAACAGAAUGAAUGUCUUAAGUUGCAGAUAGGUUGCUUUGAUUUGAAUUUAUCUUUAUCUUGGAUUUCACCGGUUGCUGUCGCAGGGGCAGCUGCAGGAGUUGCUAGCACACUUUCAUGCCAUCCUCUGGAAGUUUUGAAGGAUCGGUUAACUAUAAGUCCUGAAGCCUACCCUAAUUUGGGCAUUGCAAUUAGAAAUAUUUAUAAAGAUGGUGGUAUUGGCGCUUUUUAUGCUGGUAUCUCACCUACUCUAGUUGGCAUGCUUCCAUACAGUACAUGUUAUUAUUUUAUGUAUGAGACAAUAAAGAAAUCUUACUGUCAGACCAAAAAUAAGAAGUCUUUAAGUCGUCCAGAGUUGCUUUUGGUUGGAGCUCUAGCAGGUUUUACUGCCAGCACAAUUAGCUUCCCGUUGGAGGUGGCUAGGAAGCGCCUGAUGGUGGGAGCUUUGCAAGGUAAGUGCCCACCAAACAUGGCAGCAGCACUUUCAGAAGUCAUUCGAGAAGAAGGUCUGAAGGGUCUCUACCGAGGAUGGGGUGCAAGCUGUUUAAAGGUCAUGCCGUCCUCUGGCAUCACCUGGAUGUUUUAUGAAGCAUGGAAAGACAUACUGCUUGUCCAGAAGGGUAAUUCCUUAUAGCUUAAUAAGGUUACGUGGGUUUGUUAGCCCUACAACUCAUGCUUGUCGCCCAUUAUCAUUUUUUUUUUUUUGGUAAUAUAAUUUUUUUCUUUUUGAUUUAAGAAUGGGAUAACUUAAUACCUGGUUAAAAAAAAAAAAAAAAAUUGGAUAACGGUUUUUUGGAUGGCAGCCAGUUGGCUAGCUCGUUGGAAUGGUAACUCCUGCUAACCAGUUAGUUAGCCCAGUUUUUUUUGCAAGUUUUCUGGUUUCGAUAUUGAUUUCGGAAGAUUAUCAUCAAAGAAAAAGGUGGGAGAAUGAGUUUGAAGAAGUUUCCCCUGUUUCUUGUUUCUUUCCAUCAAAGUUUA